UGGGUUUGAGGGAAAAGAUUGGAAUUCUAUCCUGGACGUGUUUCCGUUGCAAUAUUUGUGAGAUGUCCAAGUAGAAAUGUCAAGCAGGCAGUGGGACAUAAGAGAAGAUGUCAGAAUGGAAACAAAAUAGGACAUCACCAGCAAAUGGGUGUUAAUUCCCAAAUUAAUGGGAAUUAAUAAUAACACCUUUUACUGAAAUGGGGUUUACUCUGUGCCAGACAUAGUUCUAAGUGCUUUAGAUAAACUCAUUUAUCUUAGACUCAAUUCACUGCUAACUCAGGCCUGACCAUGACACUGUGAUUGCCAUACCUGUUUUAUCAGACAGGGGAUCUGAGGCACACAGCUUUUAAAUAACUUGCCCAGGACCAUCUCUAGAAUGUGGAAGGCUCAGGAUUUGAAUCCAGGCAAUGUGGCUUCAGAGUUCGAGCUCUUAACUGCUCUGCUGUAUUUCAUCUUCUCCAGGGUGAGUAUAGCGAAAGAAGAAAUGAAGCCCCAGGACUCUGUUCAGAGAAAUGGCAACAUUUAAUGCUCAAUUAAGUGUUAGCUUUCUUGUUUCUUCCUUCAGGGGAAAUAAAGCAGAGAGGGAUCAUGCGUGGAGGUACGGGGACAGGAAGUGGAAAGAGAGCAUAUUAGGGUGGCAUAAAGGAUGAGAAAAGCUGAGGAGCUGUGAGGCACAGGGACCACUGGCCAUCUUGGUGGGAUGGCUGUCAAGCAAACGCUUAGCCACAACCGAGCAUCAGCUCUAAGGAUGUGUUAAUACAUAGAUGUUGGGCCAGUACAUUUCCUUAGAAAGCCAGUGAAUAAGAUGGGAAUUUGGGAUUUAAAGGGUUUCUUCAAUGUUUAAAACCAGUUUUUUCUUUCUGAAAUAGACUCUGGUUAACUCUAAACAACAGUCAUAAUCACAUAAUCACAUUUUUUUAAUUAAAAUACACAAUUGGAGGGGUUCUGAGUAUGUUAUAUUUGUGUGUGCUCAAGUUAACAAAUGUGAUGAGUUUAGAUUGUGUAAGUAUAAAGAGACAUUACCAAUAUGUGAUUGAUUCUUGGCCCAUAGUAUGGCAUCAUUACUGAAAGCAGAUACAAUUUUAUUAUACACAUAUGCAUAUUUGCAUGUUGAUAAAUUUGAACUGUGGCCAUUUUUAUAAGUUUUAUAUGCUUAGCCUGUUAGGCUGUAUUAAUGUGUCUUAAAAUUUAUGUUAAUGAGAUACUUACAUUAUCAUAGAGACCUAUAAGCCUGUGUGCAUGUUUCUAAGCAGGCCAGCUUUAGGCUGCGUACUUUGUAUGUUUAGUUCUAAAUUCUUGUGUCGUUAGUUUAUCUUUUGCCAUCGGAUUGUACUUUACCCAAACCAUCGGAACAUUACUCUUCCAGGAAGGAGUCUGCUAGUUUUCUUUAGUUACCAUUCUAAUGAGUAUUUGUCCUCAGAGUUAGUAAAAAUUACAUCUAUUUCUAGGUCAGGACCUUUAUGCUGCUGUUUAAUUCUGUAAAAGGCAGUUUCAUAGGAAAGAUCAAUUCUUCAUGGAUGAUCUUUCACAAUUCAAGAAUCAUUGAAUAGGAAUAAAUUUAAAAGUGGAAGUAUUGAUUUGUAGAGUACAUAAAUCUACAAUUGUUGUAACUUUUCUCUUUUUUGUUUUCAUACUACUUUUUAUUUUCUCAGCAUUGUCCUUUUUCCUCCCUGAAUACAUUUAAAUUAACAGCUCACAUGCAUAUCUUCACGUUUGUCUGGCAUAUUCCUUCAUGUUUGACUUCCUUUCCAGAGUAACUGAUUGUCAGCUGCCUUUGCAGCAGUGUUGCACUGGAGCCAUAUAACACACCUCUUUGAAAAUGAUCGCCACUUUUCUCACCUCUCAACGUUGGAAAGGGAGAUGGCUUUUCGCACUGAAAUGGGACUGUAUUAUUCCUACUUUAAGACUAUUGUGGAAGCACCCUCAUUUUUGAAUGGAGUAUGGAUGAUUAUGAAUGAUAAGCUGACUGAAUACCCCCUUGUUAUUAAUACAUUAAAAAGGUUCAAUCUUUACCCUGAGGUAAUCUUAGCCAGCUGGUACCGGAUUUAUACCAAAACAAUGGACUUGAUUGGUCUUCAAACCAAGAUAUGUUGGACGGUUACCAGAGGAGAAGGACUCAGUCCUAUUGAAAGCUGUGAAGGAUUGGGAGAUCCUGCUUGCUUUUAUGUGGCUGUAAUUUUUAUUUUAAAUGGACUAAUGAUGGCAUUAUUCUUCAUAUAUGGCACAUAUUUAAGCGGCAGCCGAUUAGGAGGCCUGGUUACAGUGCUGUGCUUCUUUUUCAAUCAUGGAGAGUGCACACGUGUGAUGUGGACACCACCUCUCCGCGAAAGCUUCUCCUAUCCGUUCCUUGUACUUCAGAUGUUGCUUGUGACUCACAUUCUCAGGGCUACAAAACUUUAUAGAGGAAGCCUGAUUGCACUCUGCAUUUCCAAUGUAUUUUUCAUGCUUCCAUGGCAGUUUGCUCAGUUCGUGCUUCUUACUCAGAUUGCAUCAUUAUUUGCAGUAUAUGUUGUGGGAUACAUUGAUGUAUGCAAAUUACGGAAGAUCAUUUAUAUACACAUGAUUUCUCUUGCACUUUGUUUUGUUUUGAUGUUUGGAAACUCAAUGUUAUUAACUUCUUAUUAUGCUUCCUCUUUGGUAAUUAUUUGGGGUAUACUGGAAAUGAAACCACAUUUCCUGAAAAUGAAUGUAUCUGAACUUAGUUUAUGGGUUAUCCAAGGAUGUUUUUGGUUAUUUGGAACUGUCGUACUCAAGUAUUUGACAUCUAAAAUCUUUGGCAUUGCAGACGAUGCUCAUAUUGGCAACUUAUUAACAUCAAAAUUCUUCAGUUACAAGGAUUUUGAUACUUUAUUGUAUACCUGUGCAGCAGAGUUUGACUUUAUGGAAAAGGAGACUCCUCUGAGGUAUACAAAGACACUGUUGCUUCCGGUUGUUCUGGUUGUGUUUAUUGCAAUCAUUAGAAAGAUUAUUAGUGACAUGUGGGGUGUCUUAACUAAACAACAGACACAAAUGAGAAAACACCAGUUUGAUCAUGGAGAGCUAGUUUAUCAUGCAUUGCAACUGUUAGCAUAUACAGCCCUCGGUAUUUUAAUUAUGAGACUAAAACUCUUCUUGACCCCACACAUGUGUGUUAUGGCUUCUUUGAUCUGUUCAAGACAGCUAUUUGGAUGGCUCUUUUGCAAAGUACAUCCUGGUGCUGUUGUUUUUGCUGUCUUAGCAGCAAUGUCAAUACAGGGUUCAGCAAAUCUACAAACCCAAUGGAAUAUUGUAGGGGAAUUCAGCAAUUUGCCACAAGAAGAACUUAUAGAAUGGAUCAAAUACAGUACUAAACCAGACGCGGUGUUUGCGGGUGCCAUGCCCACCAUGGCGAGUGUUAAACUCUCUGCACUUCGGCCCAUUGUGAAUCAUCCACAUUAUGAAGAUGCAGGUUUAAGAGCCAGAACGAAAAUAGUUUACUCAAUGUAUAGUCGAAAAGCAGCUGAAGAAGUGAAGCGAGAAUUGAUAAAGUUACAAGUGAAUUAUUACAUUCUAGAGGAGUCCUGGUGUAUAAGAAGAUCCAAGCCUGGGUGCAGUAUGCCUGAAAUCUGGGAUGUGGAAGACCCUGCUAAUGCUGGGAAACCUCCCUUAUGUAACCUCCUGGUGAAGGAUUCCAAGCCACACUUCACCACUGUAUUCCAGAACAGUGUUUACAAGGUCUUAGAAGUUAUAGAAGAGUGACUGCUGCCUACAGAGAAGUACAUCAGUAAUGGUUUUAAUGUUUUGCUAAUAAUUCAUGCCUUGUUUUUAAUUCAAAUCCCAAAAACUUUUAUAGGUAACUGUUUUCAAAUAGAAAACAUUUCGUGUGGUCAAUUUGAAUGUCGUUCUGAUUGUAAAGAUACUUAACACCUUAAUCAGUUGGUUACUAUUUCAAUGCACCCCUUAAAAUUUGCUAUGCAAAUGAGUAUAUGUUUGUACCUGACUUAAAUAUUUGUUCUAAAGUGAGCGAGCAAAGCUACUCGUGUAAAAAACAUGAUGGCUCAUGGCAAGGAUGAUAUGAAAGUAUCGUGAGCUCUGAACUAUGUAGGGGCUGAUUUUAGUUUAUGGACUAUUGAUGCCCCUUGCUUCUUUUUCUGCCUCUUGCUCUCAUCUUUUGGACAUUUCAGUGAUUGUCAUAAGCUCCUCAGUCGUGUCGGCCCCUGUCAUCAACUUCCGUGAGAGCAGAUGGGGCAGACAUGGGUAUUUGCUAUGUGGAAUGAUCUGUUGAUUUCACUUCUUCACGUUCUGCUGUGUCUUGUUGCUCUUGUUAAUGAAGCAUUUUCUGCCCAUUACUAAUCCAGAUUCUUGGACCUAGUGGUCAGGACCAAAUUCUUCUAACCACCAACCAUGUGACAGCGUGUCUGCUCUCUCUUCUUCUCUCCCGCUUACUCUCCCAGCAUUCUUUGUCAAAUAAGUGUUAUUUACUCAUUUAGUUAGAAAGUACUUAUUCUUGGUUAAAAAAAUUUAAUGGCAGUUGUGUAUGUUUCUCAUUUUUAGUAUUAUUCAGAUGUUUAUAUUUUAAUACCUUUAAAACAUUUACAGAAUUUUUCAUGUUUAAUUGUAGUUUUAAGAACCACUAUUUUGAAUGACUCAAAUGUAGUGCAUUUGAGUAGGCAUAGUUUACAGUGGAACAGUAGAUGUAGUAUGUGUAGUUUUUCUUUUACUAUUAAGAUACAAUAAAACGUGACUAAUUUUUCUGUCGGAAAAGUAAAUGAAUAACGAGAAGUGAAUGGAGUUUUUAUAUUUUACUUUUUAAAUUGCCUGUCUUUAGUAAGACAAAGCCUUAAGCCUUAUGUUAUAAUUUUGACCCCCAAAACUAUCAUUUCAGUACAAAGGAAUGAAUAUAUUCAGCCUUCCUCUUUAUUUUUUUUCCCUUCCUAUUUAUUUUUAUUUUGAAAGAGUCCCCAACCUGCUCCGAAUUCCUAGUAUGAAUUUUUGUUUCUUAGAAGUUAAUUUGUGUGAAAUGAGAUUCUUCAAAACAGCGAAUCCUCAUAGUUCUGAGAAACGGUUUUAAGAUUUUAAAUUCUAAGCAAACCAUGACUCUGACGGACUACACAUUUAAUUAUACAGUGUUCUCUUUAUUAACCGCAGGCAGAUUAACCUCACUGUGGACUGUCCUUGAGACCUGAGUCCUCAGGGAUGGCUUCCGGUGCCCACUGCUGGGAGCCACUGAAGAGCUGUUCCCUUUCUGCCUUCUCACCAGAGCCCAAGGACGAGCCUGGUCUGGGGGAAGCACUAGCUUGCUUAGAGCAGACAGCUGCAAGGACAGCCUGGGCUGGCGAGCGUGCAGCCCUCCGGCCUGCCCCAGAGCCCGCCUUCCCGGGGAGCCUCCUUCCGGCCGGAGCUUCUGUGCCAGUGUCUUCAGGUGCCCGCCCCCUCCUCCUCGCUUGCUGGGUGACUUUUAUUUCUUGGGCUUUUUGCCAGUUUCAGAAAAUAGGGAAGCAGCUGGGGAGUUGUGGACUGGGAGUAGAAUUUGAGCAAUGAUGCAGCAAUCCAGAAAAAUGGCAAGAGGGCACCUGAGGCCGAGGUGGCUGAGGGUCGCGGUGGGAGGGAGGAGGGAAGCGUGCUCCGCUCUGUGACUGUUCUGCACCAAAUAUGGCUGUUUUGUACCUCCAGCGGUUACAGGUUUUUAAAAAUUGUACUUUUAAAGCCAUCCUUUAUCCUCCCCACCCUCCGAUAAUUCCCUUCCCAAUAAGUUCCCAUGUAAUGAUUGGAGAUUCUGUACAGGAAAAACAUGAAAGUACUGUUUUGAUUGUUUCGUAUGCUGGGAAAAGUUAAAAGUGGUCAAGUUUUUUUUUUUCUUCCCCACCCCCAAAGAAUCCUUUUGUAAUGGCAUUUAUUAACGUGACUCCACCAGCAAGCUAUGAUUAUAUUUCAAGCCAGUGAGUUUCGAACAGAGGCCUUGGGCUGCACUGCACACUCAGCCUUGGUCACAUCUGGUAGCAGCCGGUGCUGUAGAUUAUAAAUAUCUUUUAUGGCAAAGUAGAAUAGUAGUAGUUUCGAUAUACAUGACAAACAGUAUUAAAGCUCAGUAUUUUACUCAUUUUUAGCAUUUAAAAAUAUUUUUGCUUUAGUGUGAGGAAGGUAAGGAUGGGCAGAGAGGCGAUUAAAAAUAGCCGUUGCCGUGACAAAAAAGAAACAAACAAAGUUGGGGCAGGAUUUCUGUGAGAUAAGCCUCUAAAACUGCUUAGCAGAAGAAGGAUUGUAUUAAACUAGAACAAUGAUACUAAGGAGAACAUGAAAGGAUGUAUCAGGAAUAAAGUGAUAUUGCAUAGAAGUAUUGUAUUUUUAUGAAUUUUAUGCCAGUUGUUUUACAUGUACUAUGUAUGUUAAAUAAAAAAGAUCAUGAAAAGUAUAGAA